ACCAGAUCAGAUUAUCGAUAACCGAUAGCAGCACAAUCGGAGGCUUCGUCCGGGCACGGUCACACUGCCCCGAAAGUGUAAAUAAAUUUCAAUCAAAUAUGAAUUGCUGCAUUUGUCAAUUCUCGGUGCGUGUGCCGAAGGACAUUCACACCGACACCGUCGGACAUCCGCCUGUGCUGAUCAGCGAACUGGUACUGCAAUGCACCAGGGGCACGAACUACGUCCUCACGGAGGAAUCGUCAACGAUCUGCAAGAAGUGCUGCGAGAAGCUUGCAAGAUACCACAAGUCCAUACAAAUAGCGCGCAAGCUGCGAGAGGAGAUCCUGGAGCUGAUCCACAGUCCCUACAUGUCCAAGGACCACAAGCAGAUCUCCUACAAGGAGGAGGAUCUCGACCGAGAGAUCACCAUAAGCAAAUUCGAUGGAAAUAUUGAGGAGGCACAGCAACAGGACGAGGAGGAGCAGGACCUGGAGGGCGUGGGCACCACCGUCACCCUGGUCGGUCCCACGGACAUAGAGGCAGAAGUGGCCGAAGAGGAGCACACCUUCAUUAUCAAACAAUCAGAGGAGGAAGACGAGUUCCACUCCGUAGACUUAGAGCUAGAUAUCGACAACGAGAUUAUCAUUAACGAGGAGGAGGCCCACGAGGUAGAGGAGGUUGCCCACGAGAUAGUGGAGGAGGAUCUGUUGUCACAUGCCAAGCAAGGGGCCCAGGAGGAAGACUUAUUUAAAGAAGAAACCAUGAGUGACUUUGACGAACAUCUGGACGGCACAAUAGAGUACAUAAUAUCCGAUGGCGAGGACCAGGAGCAGGACAACGAAAGCUCCGGCGAAUACACGGUCAACAUACAGUGCCCCAGCUGCCCGGAGAAGUUCAGCAGCCGGCGCGCUUACAAUGUCCACACGAAACGCGAGCACUUUCCCGGCUACGUCUGUGAUCAGUGCGGCAAGACGCUGCAGUCGUACUCCGGGUUCAUAGGGCACCUGCAGAACCACGAGCCCGUGAAGCAGUUCGCCUGCCCAGUGUGCCCGGAACGCUUUAGCCGCAAGUUCCGGCUAAAGCACCACAUGGCCUGGCACUCCGGCGAAACACCAUACCAGUGCGAUGUCUGCUCCAAGCGAUUCGUCCACAAAGUGGCCCUGUACAAGCACAAAAUGAUCCACGACAGCGACACCAAACGGCUGGAGUGCCAGGUGUGCGGCUUCAAGACCCGGACCAAGGCUCACUUGGAGCGGCACAUGCGAUCCCACACGGGGGACAAGCCCUUCGCCUGCCCGGUGUGCAACAAGCGCUUCUCCCAGAUGUACAACAUGAAGGCCCAUCUGCGGGAGCACGAGAGCCCAGGAACCAACCGCCAUCGCCGCUUCCACUGCUCCAAGUGCACGCAUACGUUCAUCAACGAGCAGAACUAUGAUGCCCACGUUCAGAGAGACGACUGCACGGCAGUUUAGCCCGUUAUUGAAUAUAUAUAAUAGAUAAUUAUAUAUUGUGUAAGGCCCAACCCAUCAUCGACCAUCGUCGUGAUCACACCCAACCGAAUGAAAUCGAAAUCGUUCGGAUCAUUACGUUCUAUCCAUGUACUUUUUUAUUAAAUCUAUAUGCAUUUUGCUCACAAAUAAAAUAUGUUUGAUAUAAUAAAUUUAUCCGUUACUUGCA